AUGCUUCUGCCUAAUCAUCUUCGCAAUCGUAUCAGGGAGCUGCCCACCUACUUUGCGACCACCUCUUACUUGCCCCAGUUGGUGGGCAGACAACUGAAGCACGGCUGGGGGGGCUUGCAAGUCCGGUGGGCCACAAGCACCUGGCAGGUUAGCUCUCAUGGGCGAGUUAAAUCAACAACUGGCCUCAUCAGCUUUGGCAAUUGGCUCGACAACGGGUAUUACCGCGUGAAAGUAACUGGCGAGUUGUACUACGUUCAUCGGCUAGUUGCUCGGGCGUUUCUAGGUCCUCCCGAUCCUUGCAGGUGGCAGGUGAAUCAUGUGGAUGGGAAUGCUGGCAACAACGCAUUGAGUAACCUGCAAUACGUGAGCCACAGCGAAAACCAGCGGCAUUCCUUCCACACAAAUCCGAGCAGGAAGCUUGGUGCUGCUAAGCUUGGUAAGGGUGUUUGGUGGCGACGGCUUGGAGACGAGUCCUGGGCCUUUUGUCCAUCGCUGUCAGAAGCUGCCCGACUGUUGGGUGUGGCCAGGAGGGCAGUGGGACGGUGUUACAAAGGUCAUCCGAGCACAUCUUCUGCGGACGGCAUUUGCUACGAGUUCAUCGCCGACGAAAGACACUUCUCUCCACACCCUGGCGAAAUUUGGAAAGAUGCUCAGUAUCCUGGCAUGACCAAUGCCAUUGCCAACCUGACAGUGAGCAGCCACGGCAGGAUCUGGUCCAAGACAACGUGGCGCCAGAACACGUCGGCGACGAAAGGAACUCGAAUGAGGAAUGGAUAUUAUAGUGUUGGUAAAGGAGGCCGAUUCCUCCUCGUGCACCGAUUGGUAGCUGCAACAUUUCUUGGUCAGCCUCCGGCUGCAGAUCUGCUUGUUAAUCACGUUGACGGCGAUCGAGGCAACAAUCAUGUUGACAACCUGGAAUAUGCGACACCAUCACAGAACCAGCGGCAUGCAAUUUCUGCCGCUGACGUUGGUAAACGCAGAGGCCAAAACGGUAAAGCCGUGCAAGCAAGGUUGAUCUCAUCAAACGACCCGUGGAUGCAGUUCGAGUCGUUGAAGGACGCUGCCGCACACGCAUGCACCACCCCAAAUCGGGUGUCGUGCAUCUGCCAUGGGCUUGCCCGCCGGCAUGACCGCUGGGAGUUCAGGUUUAUGCCCCAGGAAGAGCAUCCUCACGAAGAGUGGCGCCCUGUUGUUCUGGAAGGGGCUCGGGUUGACAGAGCAUGA